AAGCCGGCCCAAAUAACCCCCCCUCCCUCCCCAACCCCAACCCACCAAAAUCAAUCCCAGCUCGCGAAAUCCGUCGCCGUCGCCGUCGCCGUCGCCAUCGCCGUCGCCAUCGCCGUCUUCGCCGGAGCCGUUUCGCCCGCGUUCGCAGGGGCAACUCGUCUUCGCGCUCCUCCUAUCGGCCGUCCCGGACGCGAUUGACUUUGUUUGGUGGAAGAAAAUGCACUGCAUUAUGCCCCCAGCGCCUCCUCAGGCGGGCGCGAUGAGGAUGGUGACUGUCCUAGGGCAGGAGGAUAGCAGUAGCGCGAUGCAGGGUGGUCUGAUCUUGCGGAAACAGCAGGAUAGGGUCACCUACCCGCGUCGAUCAAGGAGCUCCGCUGUAGGUUUGGACGUCCUUGCGAAGAGGAAACGAGAAUCACAAGGCAGCAGCGUGGUCAUGCCUCGUCCCAACAAGGAAGUGGAGGCUGCAUUCACCCCCAACAAGAGAAGUAGGCACGAGCAUCCAGCUGGUUGUCGUCGAUGGGAGUGGGAUGAUACACCUCGUCAGGAGUACUGCUACGAUCGACGUGGCUCCCGAUGGCAACAUCCGGCACGAUCUCCUAUGCUGGCUGCAGCAUCCCCUGAUGCACCAUUACUGUCUCCUUGGCUGGGUGACACUACACCACGCUCUGCAGCAUCCCCUUGGGAUAAUGCAUAUUCUUUUCCUGCCCCUGUACACCCUUCUGGCUCCUCAAAAGGUCCUUCUUGCUCAUGCAAGGACACUGAAGCUGGGACAAGGCCCUCAACAGCUGACAGAAAUUAUAAGAUCACUGAGGAGAUGAUGCAAGAGAUGGAUUACAAUGCUGACCGCACAUGGUAUGACUGCGAAGAACACAGCACUAUAUCCAACGCUGGUAAUUAUCUAGGAGAUGAUGGUUCCUUUCAAAACAAGAAAACAAAAUUGGCCAAGAAGCUGACUCGCCAAGAUGGAAGUCUGAUGACUCUUGCUCAGAGCAAAAAGUUGUCACAGAUAACCGCUGAGAAUGCUCAGUGGGAGAACAGGCAGUUGUUCAGAUCUGGAGCUGUUAGAAGAACAGAGGUGCAGAUGGAAUUUGAUGAUGAGGAUGAGCGUCGAGUUAUACUGCUUGUUCAUGACACGAGACCCCCAUUCCUUGAUGGACGAGUUGUGUUCACAAAGCAAGCAGAGCCUGUAAUGCCACUCAAGGACCCAACAUCAGACAUGGCUAUUAUUGCACGCAAGGGUUCUCUUUUAGUUAGGGAAUUUCGUGAAAAGAAGAGUAUGAACAAGUCAAGACAACGCUUCUGGGAGCUUGCCGGAUCUAAGCUAGGACGUAUUCUGGGUGUUGAGAAAACCGCCGAGCAGAUUGAUGCUGAUACUGCAGUUGUUGGUGACCAAGGUGAUGUUGACUUCAAACAUAAGCUGAAAUUUUCACAACACUUGAAGGAAAAGGCAGAAGCUGUCAGUGAUUUCGCAAAAUCAAAAUCUCUUUCUCAACAAAGGCAAUAUCUCCCCAUAUACACUGUCCGGGAUGACCUGCUAGGAGUUGUGCGGGAAAAUCAAGUGGUUGUGGUCAUUGGUGAAACUGGCUCUGGGAAGACUACCCAGCCGACUCAGUAUCUGCAUGAGGAUGGAUACACCAGAACUGGCCUUGUUGGCUGCACUCAACCAAGACGUGUGGCUGCCAUGAGUGUUGCUCAGCGUGUCAGCGAAGAAAUGGAGACUGUUCUUGGAGAUGAAGUUGGAUAUGCCAUUCGGUUCGAGGAUGUCACGUGCCCUAACACAAAAAUUAAGUACAUGACAGACGGAGUGCUUCUCCGUGAAACCUUGAAGGAUUCUGACCUGGACAAAUAUCGGGUUAUCAUCAUGGAUGAAGCACAUGAGAGAUCAUUGAACACUGAUGUUCUGUUUGGUAUAUUGAAGAAGGUUGCUGCACGUCGACGGGAUUUUAAGCUAAUUGUCACAUCUGCAACACUAAAUGCAGAUAAAUUCUCAAAAUUCUUUGGUGGCGCGCCCGUAUUUCACAUACCUGGAAGGACAUUUCCAGUAAAUAUCUUGUUCAACAAAAUGCCAUGUGAAGACUAUGUGGAAGCGGCAGUGAAGCAGGCCAUUGCAAUCCACAUAACAAGUGGCCCUGGUGACAUCCUCAUCUUCAUGACCGGGCAGGAGGAGAUUGAGUCUGCUUGCCAUGCGCUUGCUGAGCGCAUGGAGCAGCUAAUAUCUUCAUCCACCAAGGCUGUACCGAAGCUCUCAAUCUUGCCCAUCUAUUCGCAGUUGCCUGCUGACUUGCAGGCCAAGAUCUUUCAGAAAGCAGGAGAGGGCACUCGCAAAUGCAUUGUUGCUACCAACAUCGCUGAGACGUCCCUGACAGUGGAUGGUAUCUUCUAUGUCAUCGAUACUGGGUAUGGAAAGAUGAAGGUAUACAAUCCACGGAUGGGCAUGGAUGCUCUUCAGGUUUUUCCAUGUAGUCAAGCAGCUGCAGACCAGCGUGCAGGGCGUGCAGGAAGAACUGGUCCUGGCACAUGCUACAGGCUCUUCACCGAAUCAGCUUACCAGAAUGAGAUGCUCCCUAACCCUGUGCCAGAGAUCCAAAGGACCAACCUUUCGAACGUGGUUCUCUUACUGAAAUCCCUCAAAGUCGAAAACCUGCUCAAUUUCGACUUCAUGGACCCACCCCCCCAGGAGAAUAUCCUCAACUCCAUGUACCAGCUCUGGCUGCUGGGCGCCUUGAACAAUGUUGGUGGCCUUACAAAUCUAGGCUGGAAGAUGGUGGAGUUCCCAUUGGACCCAACUUUAGCAAAGAUGCUUCUCAUGGGGAACGAGCUGGGGUGCAUCGAUGAAGUACUGACAAUUGUAUCCAUGCUCUCAGUGCCAUCAGCAUUCUUCCGUCCAAAAGAUCGAGAGGAGGAGAGUGACGCUGCAAGGGAGAAGUUCUUUGUCCCAGAGUCUGACCAUCUGACACUCCUCAAUGUAUACCUGCAAUGGGAAUUGAACCAGUAUAGGGGAGACUGGUGCAAUGAUCACUUCCUCCAUGUCAAAGGUCUUCAAAAGGCUCGGGAAGUGAGAUCUCAACUGCUGGACAUACUGAAGACCUUGAAGAUCCCACUGACAUCAUGCCAUAUGGAAUGGGACGUGGUGAGGAAGGCCAUCUGCUCAGCGUACUUCCAGAACUCUGCAAGGUUGAAGGGUGUUGGAGAGUAUAUCAAUUGCCGGAAUGGGGUGCCGUGCCACCUGCAUCCCAGCAGCGCCCUCUACGGUCUCGGCUACACCCCUGACUACAUCGUGUACCACGAGCUUGUCCUGACAACCAAGGACUAUAUGCAGUGUGUCAGUGCAGUUGAGCCGCAAUGGCUGGCGGAGUUGGGCCCCAUGUUCUUCUCUGUGAAGGACAGCGACACCUCCUUACUCGACCGCGGGAGGUGGCAUAAUGAGGAGAAGACGGCCAUGGAAGAGGAGAUGGAGAGGUUGAGGCAGGAGCAAGCUGAGGCGGCAGGCAGAGAGAAGUUGAGGGAGGAGAAGAGGGGCAAGCAGCAGCAGCAGCAGCAGCAGGUUGCUAUGCCGGGCCUGAAGAAAGGUUUGACGUAUCUGAGGCCCAAAAGGAGGAUGUUUUUGUAGGUAGGAAUGUUGAAUGAGUAUGUUUGUGUGUGCUGAUAUAGUCUGCCCUCGGCAGUAUGCAGUGAUGUAUGAGCGAUUGCAUUAUGUGGGGGGGAUGCACCUGUCCUUAGUCAUACAAUGAGACAGUAGCCAAAAUACCACACCUGUCCUUAGUCAUACAACGAGACAGUAGCCAAAAUACCACUACCAGAAACCAAACUUGUCAAAGUACUACUAUAAAAAAUGAACUCCUUCUCUGUUUUCAUUGGCAAAA